AGUUGCUAACAUCAGCCAUGCCGCCAGCUACACUCCGCCUUAUCUCUAGCUCCCCUCUCUCCACCGUCGCGGGCCUCCCACCGACGCCUCCCAAACAGUUCAUUUCAAAUCAAAACCUCUCCGUCAGAGGCAACCAAGAAAAUCGGCGGGAGGAUCAACGCCAUCUUGUAAAUCAAUUGCAAAUAUCUCGCAGAGACGCUGCUUUUCUCUCCCUAAUCUCUCUCUUUCCUUCUCUCUUCCAACCAUCGCAUGCUCCUGCCUUCUCCAUUGGAAUUUCAGGACCAAAGGAAUGGCUUAAAGAGCAAAAAAGGAAGUCCUCGAAAUUUCUCUUGGCCCCAAUCGAUGCUUCUCGACUAAGCCUUCGCUCUGCCUAUCUUUUGAUCAUGGAUAAGGAAUCAACCAAGGAUUUGGAGGAAGUUCAAAAGCUCUUGAAAUCUGCGGCUAGGGAUUGCGUUGUACGAGAGAGGAAUUCCUUUGUUGCAUUGCAAGCCAAUACCGGAGUCGAGGUUUGCACAUUCCGGUUGAUCGUGAAGAACGCGUCUUCAUUGCUUGAGGAUAAGAAUCCUGUUAAGCUGGAAGCUGAAGCUAUGCUAGAUGAUCUUAUAAGCUCGUUUACCACACUUAAUAGUUUGGCAAAUGAAACUGAUAUUCAGGUUUCUUCCAGUAGACAAAGGGUUGCAGAUGCACUCAUGGAUACCAUAUCUUCCCUUGACAAAUUUGAGCAGGGGGUUAAGGACUGCCUCGAAGUAUGACCAUGCUAGCUUCCUUUUGUAACUGAAAUUUUAUAGUGUUAUGUGGUGCUUGGAGAUUUUGCAGAUGCUUUUGUCCUUUGGACCUGGAGCAUGGAAGAUUGUGAAAAUGCACAAGUAUCUUAUUUGACUUGGAUCUUUGUUGUAAAUUUUGUUCUAUAUCCCAUUUAUCAUGUGUUUAGUUUCAUUUUUCCUGUA